AUGGCGCUCGUUGAAGUUCCCCAAUCAACUGCAUACCCUCCCCUCGAAGAACAGAAGCCACUACAAGAGCCACCUCCUAUAGUCAUCACACCCUGCGAUCCAUGGCCACGACCCUACUUCCUUGAGAAUGGGCUACGGAGAGUUGCGCCAUACCAUUUCACCUACAAUACAUACUGCAAGGAGAGAUGGCGAGGACGGGAACUACUCGAUAUAUUCUCAAGCGAGUUUAGAGACAGGCCCCUUGAGUACUAUAAAGAUGCCAUAGAGCGUGGAGCUGUCACUGUCAACGGCAAACCUGUGCCCACGACACAACACAUCGUGAAGAACGGAGAUGUCAUUUCACAUACGCUGCACAGACAUGAGCCUCCAGUCACGGCACUCCCAAUAUCAGUUCUACAUGAAGACGAAGACAUGAUAGUCAUCAACAAACCUUCUGGUGUUCCAGUACACCCUGCUGGGAGGUACAACUACAACUCUGUGGUGGAGAUAAUGCGGGCAGAGCGUGGCCAUGCGUGGAACCCCUUGCCAUGCAAUAGACUUGACCGGCUGACAAGCGGUGUCAUGUUCAUUGCAAAGCACCCAAAAGCUGCCGAGGAUCUAAGUCAACAGAUCACACAAAGAACCGUCCGGAAAGAAUAUAUCGCCCGAGUCAAGGGAGAAUUCCCCGACGGAGAAGUCAUCUGCGACAUGCCCAUUCUACAGAUAUCCCCCAAACUAGGCCUCAACCGCGUACGCGCAAACGGAAAGUCAGCCCGUACCGUCUUCAAGAAACUCGCAUACUACCCACCAACAGCCGAAUCCGAGCCCGGAAAGCCAGAAGCCCAAGAAGGCUACUCAGUCGUCAGAUGUCUCCCCGUCACAGGACGAACCCACCAACUGCGAGUCCAUCUCCAGUUCCUCGGCCACCCAAUCGCAAACGACCCCAUCUACUGCAACAGGCGCGUCUGGGGCGCCAAUCUAGGAGCCAACGACGCGGACGCAUCGCAAGACACAGAUGAGGAUAUCAUCACGCGGCUAUCACGUAUGGGCAAGUCGGAAGUCGCCGAUGCGGUGGCGUACCACGACGAGAUGGUCGAUGAAUACAACAAGAAGAAAGCCGAGAAGAUGUCUGGAGAACUCUGCGAUAUUUGCCAGACUCCUCUUUACACCGAUCCUGGGGAGCAGGAGCUCUCGCUGUGGCUGCAUAGUCUGAGAUACGAGGAUGCUGGUGGCGCAUGGAGCUAUCUUAGUCCUCUCCCUGCUUGGGCGCUUCCGCCUGCAGGGUUUGAGGGUCCGACUGAAGUUGGGGGAAUGGAGGAGUUGGUGGAAGCGGUGAAAGAUGAGAAUCCCGAGAUUGCGUAG